GAAUCCGUGAAGAGGAGGGGAGACUUCAUCGAGGACUAUUUCACAUUCACAGGAAAUGCUUUAACCUGCUCAUUCCAUAGUAGUAACAAGCAUGUUAUAAAAGCUUGAUUUUCUUAAAUACUUGUGAUUAAACACAAGUCGCUAUACAUUUAUACCAAAACGUAACUUUCUAGUCCAAUUCCUUUCAUGCGUCAUCCUGUCUCGCCCCAAUCGCCUGAGUUCUCUUUUGCUCAAAAUAAACAGAGAGGCAAAGAGCUAGAGUUGGAGACCUUUUGACCCAAUCUGAAAUAUUCAUAUUAUACGACAACCUCGUUCCCAGGGUCUCUCAUCAGAUGAGAGACCCUGGGAACGAGGUUGAUUAUACGAGAAAUAGACCAUUACAUCACGUUAAUAUUUUUAUCUAGCCAAUAAGAUUCAACCAAAUCGGCGCAACAUAAAUAUCGCAGAGCUCGCUCGGGGAAUCAAUACUACUUGUUUAUUUCACGAAGAAAAGCUUACCUUGGUCGAUUUCUCGACUUUGGUUUAAACAAUGUUAUAAUCUCUACCCAUGGACUGUAGCGGUGAUUCAGAGUGUUUCGAAGAAGCACUGAACGGUUUACUUGUAGAUGUAUUCCUUCAGUGUAACGUGGGCAGCAUUUUAACAGCGACACUGAAGGCAAAGUGUUUUGAACACGGGAUUGAUUCUCAGGAAGAAAACCUGGUGGAAUUGUUCCAAAAACUAAAGCAAAGACGGAUCUUAGAGAAGGAUAAUGUAGAUUUCCUGAAGCAGGUUGCUGAAGCUGGUCAUAGAAAAGACGUCAAGAAGCGAAUCGAAGAGUUUGAGGAGGGAGAAUGGCGGUCCCGUGAUCAAUUAAACACUACAAAUUCACGAGGAUAUGCGUUUAGAUGGCCAGAAACGCUUGACUAUGGAUCAAAUGCGCUUGCUCAAGUUCUACUUCGUUUUGUCCAGAACGAGGAACACAUGAAAGAUCGAGAAAAAAGCGCAUUUUUCAUUUACUGUGACGGACUGAUCAAACCAUCGUUGGAUUUCAGCUCUUACAUGAGGGAUCCUUUCCUGUUGAUUCAACAGCUCAUGGAUCAUGGACUCAUCGGUCCGAGAAAUCUUGACUUACUCAAGAGAUUUUUCAGUCUAGAGACCGUUCGAAAGCCAAAGGAAAUCUCGAUUUUACAAUGCUUCGAAGCUGGAGCAUUUUACAAACAAGUCUUGGAGACAUAUUGCGGGACUUCCCCUAAUUCCACUCGCGAAACUGACGAGCCGUGGCACAUACCAUGGAUAGAAACAGCUCGACUGAUGAGACGAGUGAUUAAGAAGAGUUUUAAAGGGACUAAGAGAUUGCAUGUCAUUAGAAAUCUUCUGCAGCAUAUCCUUGGGUCGGCGGGCGAACAUCGACUGAUCAGCCGUCUGGUCGAAGAAGCAUGUCUGGAUAAGAAACGCAAGAAAUGGCAAAACAUUCUUAAGACAUUGGUAAUAUCAGGAGAGAUUUGCUGUUUGUUAGAACCGCCAUGGCGUGAAUUUAGAAUCGCAGAGAUAUCAAGAGCUCUUGGCGUUUCGUCGGAUCCAAAGAUAGUUCUUCAAACGCAUGACUUCAAAAAUUUCCUCAAACAGAAGGAGGUUCUCCUGAACUUGGAAAGAGAAGCAAUGAAGACUGAAGACGAUAUUCAACAGAUUACAUGGCAGAAGAAUGAACUAAGUGACGACAGAGAUGAAGAUGAUGACUUGGAAUUGCUAAACAGUUUCUUCAAGGGUAUCACUCUGUUCCACUAGGAACGUUUACCGUUGUUGACGAUCUCCACAACUCAGAAACCUGUUGGUGAACAACAAACUGAGACAUUGAAUGUUCAGACGAGAUUUUCAUCGCGAAUUUCGUACAUGCGAUGGAUUGAAUCCCGUAACACUCGCAGUUCAUAGAGCAAUGAUCGUUUACGUGCAUGUUUAAACGUCUAGUGAAGCAUGUGAAUGGGAGUUGGCUAGGAGUAUGAAACUCAGUCAAGUAAACAGAAAAGUCUCAUUUCUGUUUUUUUUUUUUUAACUGCGUGUCAUACUCCUAGCCUUCUCUCAUUCACAUGCAACACUGGACGUUUAAAAUAGGAACGUAAACGAUGCUGCGAGUGUUGACGGAUUCAAUGACUGAUCGCAUGUACGAAAUGCACCAAUUUCGCGAUGAAAACUUUGUCUGCACAUUCAUUUCUCAGUUUUUCCGUUUACCAGCAGGUUUCUGAGUUGUGGAUCGUCAACAGCGGUAACCGUUUCCAGUGGAACGGUUGCACAGUUUACGAGUAAAUCAAAGAAAAUACGUACCACUUAACCUGCGUAGCCUGCGUUUCCGUGGGGUUUGGGAGCAAAGAAAGACCGAAGAACGGGAUUUUCGGUUUUUUGCCCGCGCGAAAAAUAGGGCGAAAGCCAAAAAGCGAAAGAGGGGGUUGGGGAGGGUUUCCUUCCCCUCCCCCACCCCCCUCUUUCGCUUUUUGGCUCUCGCCCCAUUUUUCGCGCGGGCAAAACACCGAAAAUCCCGUUCCUCGGUCUUUCUUUGCUCCCAAACCCCACGGAAACGCAGGCUACGUACCACUCAUCUUCUGAUGAAAUAAUGUUAGCAAAUUCCGAAUGGGUCAGUGUAAGAAGAAAAGAAAAGGGAAAGUUUUUAAAAUAUCUCUUUUACUGAUAACUAAAUAAUUCUAAGUAAAAAAUACAUUGUAACCGAUGUCUCGAUAUGACGAACUUGAUACAGAAUGCCAACCAAAUGGUUCCUCAUGCCAGUUGAACUAGUUUUUACAGUUUUCACUUUCUUUGCUAGUCGAGUAAAUCGUUAUUAUCUAAGCUGUAUACCACAACUAUCUAUAAGUUUACCCUUUUUUGUUUCAAUGGUCCAUUCCCAUAAUGGGAUGUGCCUGCAGGGAAUCAUGGUAGUUGUA